AUGCUCUUUCCUCAAUCCUUCCCUUCUUUCCUUCUCUCUCUUUCUCUCUCUCUUUCUCUCUCUCUCUCUCUCUCACACACAUACACACACACAGAGGCUGCGAUUGUAUUUAACCUUCCUCUAUUCCUUUCUAUUCAUCUAACAUCUUUGCAUCUAUCUUGGUCUGUUCAUAUCUAUCUAUCUAUCUAUCUAUCUAUCUAUCUAUCUAUCUAUCUAUCAAAGUCUGUUAAUAUGUCUCUAUCUACCAAUAUAUCUAUAUAUCGCAGUCUGUUCAUAUCUCUCUACAUAUUACUCCACCUAUUUCAGUUUGUUAUCUAUCUAUCUAUCUAUCAAUCAAAUUUGUUAUCUAUCUAUCUAUCUAUCUAUCUAUCUAUCUAUCUAUCUAUCUAUCGAAGUCUUUUGCUAUCUAUCUAUCUAUCUAUCUAUCUAUCUAUCUAUCUCAGUGCAUUUCUAUCUAUCUAUCUAUCUAUCUAUCUAUCUAUCUAUCUAUCUAUCUCAGUCUGA